AUGGAGGAAAAGAUGGUGAUAAACGACGCGACAGAGCGCAAAAAGGCACUACUAGUGUAUAAAAGCAAGCUUCAUUCGACUUCAGAUGAUGAUGAUGAUGUUUCAGAGGACGAAGACGAAGAUACGGUGUCUAAUAAAAGCGAUAGGAAGGGUCUUUUCUUACCAGCAGUAAGACCCAGUGCCCAUUGUUUGGAUCAGAUCCACCAUCAUCAAGUAAAAUCGAUUGCAGGAAAAGAUACAAAAAAUGGUGAAGAAGGUGGUGUAAAAGCCAAAAAGGAUGACGACGACGACGAUUCAACUAAAGCCCCUUUUGACGAUGAGUUAGACAGCAGUGCUACCUCUCGACGUCCUGAGACUGAUGAAGAGGACGAUACAAUUUCAAAGACUGCAAAAUUGUCGCAGAUUCUUUCGCCUUUUAAUUUGGACGAGGAUAAUAAUCACAAGCAAAUGCCAAUGCACAACGAGACGGACUUGACAUCUGAAGCGGCUUUCAACCGCGUCUUAUCGCCUAAUCUUGAUAUCACCAGUAUUGAAAAUGUGGAAAGAAACCCUACAACUCUAUUGCUCAAGUCAGGUACCUCUAAUGUAGGUACAAUCAUUGCAGCACGUCGUCGUACUGUUGCACGGAAAGAGUGUGAAGUGUGUCAUGAACCACGCAAUGGACGACGUGCACUGUUAUGUGUUCAGUGCAAAUGCAUGUACCAUACGAGCUGCUUUCGGCAACAGUUUUCGAAAGUGAUACAGGGACCUAAUCGCCAAUGGUAUUGUCCAGACUGCGAACCUACUGAAAAGAGUGAUCAAGCUGAGAAACUAUCUACCAGCACCCCUCGCAAACAGCAACGCGUCGAUUCUUCUGUUAAGGGACGCGUGAACCGCGUCGUGAAAUCCUCAUCUAUGAUACGAGGCAAGAUGGAUAACGAUGAUAGAUACGGGCUAGGUGGAGGGUUAACAGGUGCGGAAACAGAGUUCGAAGUACAGCGUUUGACUGAUCUAGCCUUGCGCGCGGGAAAAAAUAUAAAUGCUACGAUACUGGAGCAAACAGUGGAGAUGCUGCACAUCUCGCAAACACUCACAAAAGAGAUUAACAGCAUCAUGGGUCCGACUUGGCUUGAAAGCCCUUUACAUGGAGUCGUUUACGAUGCUAGCUCUGGCAACAGCAAUUAUGAUGUGAAGCAUAUGCAGCAGAAACAGCAAGUGUCAUCUCCUUCCCCGCCUCCGUUUCUGCUGGUCCCUACAUCGUCGUCAAUGCAUGCAUCUUCUGCGUCUUCUGCCCAGAUUAUUGCAACAAACGACAACAAUCCGCACGCAGAUGGUAGCAAUAGAACUCCAGCUGGAUGGAACGCCGCGGCGUCAUCAACAGUGUCUGAGAAGGAUAUCCUAUUGCGUCGCGUGUACAAUGGGUUGGGCUCUUUAAAGCAGCUUUUUGAGCAACUGCAGGUUGCAGGUAUCCAGUUUGAGAUUGACUUAAUGAAAGAGGUUGUGGUAGCACCAAACGAAGACCGCAAGGGGGCGUCAAGUAGCGGAUCUAGAAAAUCGCAGGGAUCAACUGGAACAGGAGGCCGAUCUGCGUCGGGAUCGAAGGGAAAGAGUGGCGCCAGCCGCUUGUAUUCAUCGAAACAGAUUCAGAAGUUGGAGGAAUGGUACCAGCGGUCAUCGCGACCAGAGUCUAGUGAGAUUCACUCGAUGUAUCGCAUCAUAAAUUGCCCCGACUAUGCGGAUCCGGAAUUGCAACCCGAGGGUAUCUCAGUGAAGCAAAUUCGCAUUUGGUUUGACAACCGACGUGCAAAAGAGCGCCUUGAUUACAUGCGCCUGAAGAUGAAGGACAUUUCAACUACUGACAUGGAUGCCGACAGUGUUAAGAAGAUGAAAGCCGCAUAUAUUGACGAGGCUAAAGAAGUGCUCGAGGCACGCGUAUCACGGAUGCGUGAGAAUGGACAGGGGUCCGGCCAAGUUGUCGACGAAGCGGACAUGGCUCUUAUCGCAAAUACUGCGGAUCAAUCCAUAUAUGGAAGGGUAUCUAGAGCUAGCCUGUCUGGCACAGGAAAAGCAAACAGUGAGUUGGUGAACGCAACUAAGGAUGGGAUUGAAAACCUUAGGUAUCCCAGUUCUUUUGGAUCCAGUGGCCAAAAGAAGCGCAUACGAAUUGAUUAUGUGGCUUCCGUGAGGAAGACUAUUAAAGAUGCGCGUGACGCUGGUAAGAGCGAAGAAGAAACCAGAGCGCUGCGCACUGCUGCAAUUGAGCGCGCGCGAGAAAGAUUACAUGUUCCGUACAAGAAUGCGCGCACUGGACCGUCAAAACCCUUGGGCAUGGAGGAAGUAUUACAUAUUAAGAUGAAAAUGCUGAAGUUGCUGGAGGAAGAUGCGCCCGCUGAGGAACUCACUGACAUUAUCGAGUUACUCUUGUCGCUUAUUGUUCCCCACGUCAUCCUGAUUGAAUCGGGCAUUCAGCAGCAAUUGGAAUUAGUUCUCCUAGCGCACAAAGACAACAAAGAGCUUGUGCGACAGACGAAGAAGUUACAGGAAGAGUUUCAGUUUAUAGCGGAGAAUGGUGAUACACCGACCGUGGUCGCGACAAUGGUCGGGGAGACAAUCAGUAGCAAGAAACGAAAAGAAAAAUCACGGCCUUUGUUGCUAAGCAUGGACACAGAAUCUUUGCCUGGAACUCCCGGGUCUUCACCAAUUUCAGGUCCAGCGCCUUCACCGGAAUCGCGGCGACCACGUGUCAAGUUCUCUCUGGCUCAGCUGGUGAAGCUUGAGAAGUAUUUUCACAAGGAAGACACACCAAGCAAGAAAAAGCUGGAUAAAAUCGCGGCGCGAUUAAAUGGGAUUGCGUCCAUGGACCCGUCAAGCGAUGCAGCCCAGCGGUCGAUUGAUUACAAGCAAAUUCGCUGCUGGUUUUAUAAGCGGCGCUCGGCAAACCAGCCUCCUCAGGCUUUGAGUGGUGCGGAUUUGCACAUUGAAGACGCUGUGUUAAACUCGUCUAGCUCAAGCGACACGGAGUCGGAUGACGACAAUUUAUCUGACAAAGGGCGUACGAAGUCCACACUGAAUUCGAUGACCCCUAGUCUUAGUGUCUUUGGUGCUAAGCGGAAAGGACUGUCCGGCGACGACAAUAUCAGCGUCAAACGUCCCAAAGUGGAGACACCUGUCCAGCCUGCUCCUUCUGAGGCUGCAGCCGCGGAAUACAAGAAUGCAAUGAUUACAAAAAAGAGCGAUGAUGAGGUGGCAGGCAGCAUACACGCAGGGCGGUUCUUUAAUGUAAAGCAGCUAGCCACAAUUAUUGAGGAGUACGAAAAGAACCCGCGACCGACUAUGGCUCGACUGGAGGAAUUACUGAAGAUUUUGAACCAAGUUGACCACAUCAACGAAUACUCUGCAAAUGCCAUGGGACUGACGAUGCAGCAGAUCGAGACAUGGUUUUCUACGCGCCGCACAAAAGAGCGUUUUGAUCUUAUUAAAAUGAAAAGCAAGGAGACUCGGGCAGGUAUUCAAGAAAGCAGCGGUGGAGGUAGCGAAGGUGAUGAGCGUCGAGAAAUCGAGACGAAGCCCGUAUCAGUUAAUCAUAUUGGGCAAUUCAACGGUAUUAAGGAGGCAACGGGUGAUAACCAAACAAUUGACGAGGCAGAGGAUAUGACAGUCGAUGCGUGA